GAACGAGCGUCCAUGUUGGUGAUCCUGUUGAACUGUGUAACCUUGGGCAUGUUCCAUCCUUGUGAGGACAUCGACUGCAACUCUGACAGAUGUAAAAUCCUCCAGGAUUUUGACGACUUUAUCUUUGCAUUCUUUGCCAUUGAGAUGGUGAUCAAGAUGGUGGCUCUGGGGAUUUUUGGAAAGAAAUGUUACCUUGGAGACACGUGGAAUCGCUUGGACUUCUUCAUAGUGAUAGCUGGGAUGUUGGAGUAUUCCCUCAACCUGCAGAAUGUCAGCUUUUCAGCAGUGAGGACAGUCCGAGUGCUGAGGCCACUGAGGGCCAUCAACAGAGUGCCAAGUAUGCGUAUCCUAGUUACCCUGCUGCUCGACACUCUGCCCAUGCUGGGCAACGUGCUGUUGCUUUGCUUCUUUGUCUUCUUCAUCUUUGGCAUCGUAGGAGUCCAGCUGUGGGCCGGCCUGCUCAGGAAUCGCUGCUUUGUGGAGGACAACUUUUCUUUCCCUCUGUCUGCGGAGCUUGAAAAAUACUACCACACCGAAAAUGACGAUGAGAACCCCUUUAUCUGCUCUCAGCCCAGAGAGAAUGGCAUGAGGGACUGUAACUCAGUGCCCAAGCUCUUUGAUGAGGCAGGUCUGCAGUGCAACCUCGACAUGUACUCCUACAACAGCACUGAUAAUACCACCUGUGUUAACUGGAACCAGUACUACAACAACUGCUCUGCUGGUCUAGUUAACCCCUUCAAAGGGGCUAUCAACUUUGACAACAUCUGCUACGCCUGGAUUGCCAUUUUUCAGGUGAUCACUCUAGAAGGCUGGGUGGACAUCAUGUAUUUCGUCAUGGAUGCUCACUCUUUCUACAACUUCAUCUAUUUCAUCUUACUAAUUAUCAUUGGCUCAUUCUUCAUGAUCAACCUCUGCCUGGUAGUCAUUGCCACUCAGUUCUCAGAAACCAAGCAAAGAGAGAGUCAGCUGAUGAAGGAACAGAGGGUGCGCUUCAUGUCCAACGCCAGCACCCUGGCCUCCCUCUCUGAGCCCGGUUCUUGCUACGAUGAGCUUCUCAAGUACCUUGUCCAUGUGGUCCGCAAGGGGGUGAAACAAGUGGCCCACAUUUGCAGGUUCAUAGCACGGCGUGCAGGGAUCAAUAUUGCUGCAUCUCCACCGCCGGUGGAACCCCAGCAGAGGCAGAGCCAGAGGAGGAGGAGGAAAUCCUCAAGGCAGGGGUCAUUGUCUGUUUACCACAUGGUGUACCCUCACCCGCACUACCACUACCAUCUUGGGAAUGGCAGUGUGAGACCAGGAGGGAACAUCAGAUGUCUGGAAGGUCAGGAUGUGGACCCAUCUUCUCAUAACAAUGUAGGGCCAACAACCUGUAGUGUCAACCUUACUUUAGCUCCACCGCCCCACUCAGUAAUAACAGCAACCUCUGACACCAAUCUAGCGGGAUGUGUUGAUUCACACCCGACUCUUGGUGUACUCAAACAAGAAACUCUUUGCUGCACGCCCUCAACUGCAAACCUCUGGCAGACCCCAAGCUCAAUCUCCAUUACUCCAGUGUUCACGUCAAGGGCGAUGAAGAGGAACUCUGUGCCCUUUACUGCUCCCGGUCCUAAGAAUUACCCCACUCUUCAGGCCAGAGCUCUAGCAGAGUCAAGAAGAGGGAGUAUGACAACCAGUACUCUCACAAAUAUCAGCCUUAACAUCCCGCCAAUGUCCUACGGGAGAAGGCGGCAGAGCCUGGCGGACACCCACAACCCGUCAGCUGCAGCCCAGCCCUCUUGCCAGCUGUCAGCUCGUGACCUCAGCACCAUGAGCAGUGCCAUGGACAUGGCUGGGUUUACAUUGGACCCUGAAAGUUGCCCUUACUGCGCAAAGGCCCUCACCAAUGAGUCCGAUGCUGGCACAGAGACACCGGGAGACUCUGACAGCGAGGGUGUUUAUGAGUUUAACCAAGACACGCGCCGCAGAGACAGGCGGGACAGUCGACAGCCCAGGAAAAAGCCCUUCAGGCUGGGUAAAACAGCUGGAAAGGUCGUGCACUUCUGGAGGUUGGUGUGUGAUACGUUCAGGAAGAUCGUUGAUAGCAAGUACUUUGGACGAGGAAUCAUGAUUGCCAUCCUGAUCAAUACUCUCAGCAUGGGAAUCGAGUAUCACGAACAGCCUGAUGAACUGACCAAUGCCUUGGAGAUCAGUAACAUUGUGUUCACCAGCCUCUUCUCCCUCGAGAUGCUGUUGAAAGUAUUAGUCUAUGGGCCUUUUGGAUAUAUUAAGAACCCCUACAAUAUUUUUGAUGGCAUCAUUGUGGUCAUCAGCGUAUGGGAAAUCGUGGGUCAACAAGGUGGUGGUUUGUCUGUGCUGAGGACCUUCCGGCUCAUGAGGGUGCUGAAGCUGGUCCGAUUCAUGCCGGCCCUGCAGAGACAACUGGUGGUCCUGAUGAAGACCAUGGACAACGUGGCCACUUUCUGCAUGUUGCUUAUGCUCUUUAUCUUCAUCUUCAGUAUUCUGGGGAUGCAUCUGUUUGGUUGUAAAUUUGGUUCAGAGCGGGAUGGAGACACCCUUCCAGACAGGAAAAACUUUGACUCUCUUCUCUGGGCCAUUGUGACUGUUUUCCAAAUCUUGACCCAAGAAGACUGGAACAAGGUAUUAUAUAACGGCAUGGCGUCAACAACUCCAGUCGCAGCUCUCUACUUCAUCGCCCUCAUGACCUUCGGUAACUACGUUCUGUUCAACCUGCUGGUGGCCAUCUUGGUUGAAGGCUUCCAAACUGAGGAAGUGACCAAGCGGGAGGACUUGCAUGCCCAACUGGGUCUAAUUCAGCUGCCUGUAGAUGCAGGGGGUGAUGCUUCUAAAACAGGUUCCGAGAUUGCGUCCUGUGCACCCAGUAUGGAGGAUGUUAAUGGCAGUAAGAGGGAUUUAUCAGCAUCUGCAGUAGUACCUGUAAAUGGCCAUGUGGAUCUGAAGACCAGCCUGACUCCUCCACUAAUAACUCACACGGCAGCCACUCCAAUGCCUAUACCUAAGUUGCCCAAUGCGGGUGACCCCAUCCAGGGUUAUGAGUCCCGCCGAGGCAGCUGUGUCUCCAUUGACCCAUCUUGCUGUGACAAGUCACCGACCAGAGCCCGGUGUGCUUCCCCUUAUGCACCUUGGAGCACAGGCAGUGGCCGCAACAGCCGGCGAUCCAGCUGGAACAGCCUAGGUCGCGCCCCAUCCCUCAAACGCCAGAAGCGGCAAUCUGGGGAGCGACAGUCACUGUUAUCAGAAGAAGGAGGCACAAGCUCUGAAGAAGGUGAGGCUGGAGGAGAGGGAGGUGGUGGCUUGAUCGAAGAGGACGACGCCUCCUUGGCCAGGACAGACUCCUUGUCCCAGUCGCACAGGGAGACCUGCCACCGCAGAAUGGAGUCAAUGGAGACUCGGAGCUCCAUGGAUUUGCCUCCCGACGCUCUACUGCAGGUGCCGUACCUGUACCGUUCAGCUAGCAUGCACAGCUCGAGACCCCCUUUGCCGGGUUCCUUCAGGCCUGCAGAGCACACCGACUGCAAUGGGAAGGGCACAUCCACACUCUUGGGCCCCACGCAUGUCUCAUUGGAGGAGAACACCGAAGAUGAAAAUCCUGAUGAAGAGGCCAAUCUGGGUCGUCUUGCCAGAUUGUUUCGCUGGUUAGAAAGGAAACAACCUGAGUGGUGUCGACAAAGGGACACCUGGUCGCUCUACCUCUUCUCGCCAGAGUCAAGGUUUCGUUUUGUGUGCAAAAAAACCAUCAACCACAAGAUGUUCGACCAUGUGGUGUUGGUGAUCAUCUUCCUCAACUGCAUUACUAUUGCGAUGGAGCGGCCUCGCAUCGACCCCACCAGUGCUGAACGGAUCUUCCUAACAUUAUCCAACUACAUAUUCACAGCAAUCUUUGUGACUGAGAUGACCAUAAAGAUUGUGGCUUUGGGUUGGUGCUUUGGUGACAAAGCCUACCUGAGAAGCAGCUGGAACAUUUUGGAUGGGAUGUUGGUGAUGAUAUCCGUAAUCGACAUCCUGGUCUCUUUAAUCUCCAACUCUGGUACUAAGAUCCUCGGCAUGCUCCGGGUGCUUAGGCUGCUGCGUACUCUCCGGCCUCUGCGUGUCAUCAGCAGAGCGCCAGGUCUCAAACUGGUAGUUGAGACCCUGAUGUCUUCAUUGAAGCCUAUCGGCAACAUUGUGGUCAUCUGUUGUGCCUUCUUCAUAAUCUUUGGUAUCCUCGGCGUACAGCUCUUCAAAGGCAAGUUCUUCGUUUGUCAAGGAGAGGAUGUAAGGAACAUCACAAACAGGUCAGACUGUUUACAAGCCAGCUACAGAUGGGUCAGACACAAGUACAACUUUGACAACCUGGGACAGGCCUUGAUGUCUCUAUUUGUUUUGGCAUCAAAAGACGGCUGGGUGGAUAUUAUGUAUGAUGGACUAGAUGCUGUAGGAGUAGACCAACAGCCAGUAAUGAACUACAAUCCAUGGAUGUUGCUGUACUUCAUCUCCUUCCUCUUGAUCGUGGCCUUCUUUGUGCUCAACAUGUUUGUGGGCGUCGUGGUGGAGAACUUCCAUAAGUGUCGACGGCACCAGGAAGCAGAGGAGGCCAAGCGCAGGGAGGAGAAGAGACUGAAACGCAUGGAGAAAAAGAGACGGAAAGCUCAGAGUAAACCAUACUACUCCGAUUACUCUCCCACCCGUUUGAUUAUCCACAAGAUGUGCACGAGCCACUACCUGGACCUCUUCAUCACCAUCGUCAUCGGGCUCAACGUCAUCACAAUGUCCAUGGAGCACUACCAACAGCCGAAGGAAUUGGAUGAAGCAUUGAAGAUCUGUAACUACGUCUUCACUCUCAUCUUUGUUCUGGAGUCAGUCUUCAAAUUGGUUGCCUUUGGCUUUCGCCGCUUCUUUAAGGACAAGUGGAACCAGCUGGAUCUAGCCAUCGUGCUGCUGUCCAUCAUGGGCAUCACCCUGGAAGAAAUCGAGGUCAACGCCUCCCUGCCCAUUAACCCAACCAUAAUCCGCAUCAUGAGAGUGCUGAGGAUUGCACGAGUACUGAAACUCCUGAAGAUGGCGGUGGGGAUGCGGGCGUUGCUGGACACCGUUAUGCAAGCCCUGCCUCAGGUGGGAAAUCUUGGUCUUCUCUUCAUGCUCCUCUUCUUCAUCUUUGCAGCCUUGGGAGUGGAGCUGUUUGGUGACUUGAUUUGUGAUGAACUGCACCCGUGCGAGGGCUUGGGACGCUAUGCAACAUUUAAAAACUUUGGGAUGGCAUUUCUGCUGCUCUUCAGAGUUUCAACUGGAGACAACUGGAAUGGCAUCAUGAAGGACACUUUACGGGACUGUGCCCAUGAGUCGAGUACCUGCUACAACACUGUCGUCUCGCCGAUCUACUUCGUCUCCUUCGUCUUGACCGCUCAGUUCGUCCUGGUCAACGUCGUCAUCGCUGUCCUGAUGAAGCACCUGGAAGAGAGCAAUAAGGAGGCCAAGGAAGAGGCGGAGAUGGAGGCAGAGUUAGAGCUUGAGCUACAUGGCGAUGGGGGAGACAUUGCAACAAGGUCGCCCCGGCUCAAUCCUCUCACACUGGGCGUGGACAGGUCCACUUCUGGGGGUUCACCCUGGAGGUCUGCUGGAGGUGCAGAUACAAGACAGGAAAGUGGCAGUCUUAUGGACUCACCCACUGUUGAUAUACCUAGAGACCCCGUAAAUGUGAUAGAAGAGCCUCCCUCAGGCCUGGAGCCCCCUCAGGAGGGUUCAAUUGAGGGGGAGCUGAGUUUGAUGGACAACUUGUCUGGCUCUGUGUGCCACCACUACGCACUUGCACCCAAGGCCAGCAAGUACGACACCAGCAAAAAGAUCCCUCUAGCUGAGAUGGAAGCUCUGUCUCUGGCCUCUGAGAAAUCCUGGUCCCAAGCUCUGACAGAGGAUUCGGUCGCUGACGAUUUUAAUCCCCUCUCUCUAAGCAGCCUGGAAUGCAAUACCGAGCAGCCGGACCCGGGGGAGGCUUGGGAGGACAACCUGCUGAGUGUCAGGAAACCCACAGUGGGACGCACCCACUCCCUCCCCAACGACAGCUACAUGUUCUUCCCCCGGCAGGCCUUCGGUCAGCCCACUGCCGCAGCUUCAGUGCAGCUUCUCGCACAGACACCUCGGCCCCAGCACAUAUUGGGCUCCCAUCGGGCCCAGUCAGGCUCCAGUGCUUCUGUGCGUUCCCAACCUGAAGACUUUUCCCAACGACUGACCAUUCCCACCGACCUCUUCAGACCCAUCAGCCCCCACAGCCACUCGGACUCUGAGAGUAUACCGCGACUACCCCCCCCAAGACGCACACAUGCGGUGAGCCGCAAGCUCCGCAGACAGGUCGCGGUGUCUACUGAUUCCCAGGAGGCCCUGUGUUCAGAUGAGAGGGAAAGCAGUGAAGGACUUGGCAAUGUAGCUUCUCUUGGCCUCCCUCCAUCUUCCUCUGCCUCCUCUUCCACCUCCUCCUCUUCCACCUCUUCACCCUUACCCUUCUCCCACCAGCAGGAGCAGCAGCCUGCAUUCUGUCUGGUUCCCCCCACACCCGGCGCCUCCCCUAAACCUUCACGGUCCAGCAGUGUGCACACCCAGCUACGCGACCAGCACUGCCUCGACUCCUGCUCGCCUUGCUUGUCCCGUCCGUGGGUGGAGCAACAAAACCAGGCCUCCGCGGAUCAGGAAGUGUCCCUCAUUAAUGGCGGAGGGUUGACAGAAAGUAAUGACAUCACGAGACAAGAUGAUGAACUCGGUAGUGGCAGCAGUAUUGGAGUUAAAGAGGGUUACAAAAACAAUGCGGACUGCCAAGAAAGCGGGAGUACUUGUUUGAGGCCGUUGAAGAGGUUUCACAGUGUUGACACACAAGGCCGCAGCGUUCUCCUCCCCCAUUCUCGCCCUCAUUCUUGGUUGGAUGACUCACGGCGCCAUUCGGUGGAGGUUUGCUCCGUGGUGGAGGCCGGUCCCCAGUACAGCACCACGUCCACUUCCUCCGGUUUCGUGUCGCAGACUGAUAGUCUGCAAAUCCACAGCCAGACUUCCACUCAGAUCUCACUGCCCUCACCUCGGCGUAAGAAGAAGAUGAGCCCUCCCUGCAUCUCUGUGGACCCUCCUGAUAGUUCGGAGACCCAGUCCAGCCUCUACCCAGGCCUAGGAAGCUUAGGGUUAGUGGGCUUAGGGUUGCCACCUCCCCUGCCUAACCGGGACACCUUCCUGAGGAGGAGAGCGCCCUCUAGUGACUCCAAGGACUCCGUUGACCUUGGCGUUCAGGAUUCAGGACAGGACGGUGGUGCUACGAACACCAACCCCAAGCUACUGACGCUUCCCAGUUUCUCCUUUGAGAAAGCCAGCGCUGAGCACUGAUCACUGAUACGCAAACACGCAAGGACACACCAUAAGGUGGAACGCAGAAGCUGAUGCACUUUGUGUAUCAUUGGUGGUGAUAGACAUAGUAAUAAUGAUAUAGAGAGUAAUAUUGGUUAAACCACAAAAACAAAACAAAAAUGAAAAAAAAACUGAAACAUCCUUGGUUCCUUUUUGGAGCUGUGCUGUAGUAGUGUUACCGGCCUUCGUCUUUGUAUUUUUUACCGCCAACCUACUGGACAGGAGGGCAAACGGGACACAGGACCGCCCCUCGUCAUGCCGGUGGCUGCCGUUUGACCUAAUAACCUAUGGAGUGACAUCACGAGAUGACACCACCUUCAGUUGCCGUUAGAACUUUUCUGGCAUUUCACAGGGUCGACUUUGACCGCUCAUUGGAGGUACAAAGCAAUAUGAACGUUUUAGAGGCACUAUUUUCUUAAAUUAUUGGGACAUAGUGUUUGUACAGGGCGUUGUAGUUUUUUUUCUUUGUUUUGUUAUUUUAAUGUGAUUUUUUUUUUUUUUCUCAGGCUUAGGGUCUAAAUGGUUUGUUUGUCUUUUUUCCACUUGAGUUUGUUUUUAGCUUUUUGGGGGGUUUUAUUGAGGAAAGUAAGUGUUUUUCAAAGUGCUGAGAACUAUGUAUUUGUAGGAAUAAUAUAUAAAUCUAUACAUAUACAAAAAAAAGUCAUUAAACAAAGCUUGGAUUUUUAAGCACACUCAUUUAAACAUCAGUUGUCAGAUGAAGAGAGAAAGGUGCAUUUGGUGUAUUUUCAUGGAUUUUGUAAUGCAAAACAUAAGGUAGAAAAAAACUUUUUUUUUUGCAUUUGUAUUUCACGUCAUACUACAACUCCAGAUUUGACAUGACAGCUUUGAAACUAUGUUUAAAGAUUAAAAAAAGGGGGGAAUACCAAAUCUUGUUUGACUUGUGUGAUGCUGAAAAUGAAAAGCACAUUAUUUCAUGUUUUGCCUCAUGAACCUUAUAUCGUAUGUAUUUAUUUAUUUUUCAAAAUAAACACUGAUUUGAACUUG